GCCACCUAGCCAGCCAGAGCGUGAGCGAGAGCAGGCAUGAACUAUGAAUGAACUGUUGGUAUUCGAAUGCAGUGUACACAGAUUGUAAAUAAAUUACUGUAAACUUAAUUAGUAAUUGACUUGAUUCAAUUUCUUUCAUUUUAUAAAAGAUUUAACAUGGCGCUGCGGACAGGAUUAAAGAAUCCAGUACUACACGAUCAGGUGUGGGUGAACUGCGAGGGGAGAGUGGAAGGGGAGACACAAGUGUGACUAUGACUAUGCCCGAUCUUGAGUGCAAUGUCCAUGCCAGCCAUCGCCAGUCCAGUUAUCAAACCAAUCAAGUUGACUGAAAUCUACAAACCAGACAAGUGAUUAGAUGACUGUAAAAAGCUACUGACAUCAUUGAAUAGUUUCAACAUGAAUAUCCCCAGCAUAGAGAGGGAUCGGUUGGGUCUCUUUUCCCAUGAGUCAGUGAUGAACGCUAUGGUGAGAGAUCUAUCAUCAACAUCAUCUAACCAAUCGCCCACAUCCCCGGCUAUUAAGUUCUUUACUUGUUUGGUUAUCAAUGAUUCUUCAACUCACUUGGAAAACGAUGGGCUCAAGAAACUAUCUGAAUCAAUAAGAGACACCUAUAGUAAUAAUUCGUGCAGAGGUGGCUCUGUUGAUUCAGUACAAUCUAGACUGAAUUCUCUAUCAUUGAUCAAUCAAGACUUGUCUAUUGUAAACAACGUUGGCGCUGUGGAUGGAGAAAUUUCUGGUGUGAAAAGUGAAUGUUUUGACUGUCAGAUAACCUCUAGACUUGCUCUAGAUUUCAUUAAUUUGGAAAAAUUGAGAUCAAACACACCUGAUAAACUUCAACUGCAUAAUGAGCUGCGCUCAUAUGGGUUUAUCAAGUUAGUUGAAUCUCUCAAGGAUACCAGUAUCACUUUGCUUAAUCUUAGUGCUAAUGGAAUAGAUUGUGAUUUGCUGAUUGAUCUAGUCCAACACUUGCACAGCACACAAAUCCAAUCACUUGAUUUGAGUACAAAUAAAAUCGGCCACAAAGGGUUUGAGUAUUUGAAUAAAGCUCUGAAAGAAACUCAAAUAUCCUCUUUAAAUGUGAGUGGAAACUGUCCAAGAGAAUUGAGAUGCAUGAAACAUUGCUCUGAAAUUGAGAAUUCAGUGGAAAAAGAAUAUGUAUGUAACAGUCAGUGUUACGUUACUGAUAUUCUAGAAAACUCGGCUACAACAUUCCUUGAUCUCAGUUACCCCGUUGUUGCAGACCCUGAAUACGUAACAUCAAUUUUGAGAAACUCCAAAAUAGAACAUCUAGAUUUUAAUCGUUCGAAAAUAAAUGUUGAAAGUUUUGGAUUGUUUGCACCAUAUUUGGUAGAUUCAAGUGUUACUACCCUCAAUCUGUCCGGUUGUAAUAAGCUAGGCAACGAUGGUUUGAAGAUUUUGGCUUCGCUGCUGAAAAAUACUAACAUUCACACACUUGAUGUUAGCCGCAAUAAUAUAAAUGGGAAUGGCUUGAAAGUAUUCGCUCCGAGUUUGGUGCAUUCAAAGAUAACUUCUUUGAAUAUAUCUUAUAAUCGACUUGAUAUUGGCUGUGAUUAUGAUGGUAUAAGUAGUCUAGCACUCGUUCUACCAAAAACAAAAAUAUUCUCACUUGAUUUAAAUUUUUGCUUUAUUAGUAAUGAAAGCUGUCGAAUGUUAUUGGCCUGUCUGCCCCAUACAAAAAUAACGUCGCUCGGUUUUGCGAAUAAUGUUCCAAAUGAUAAUGAUGUAGAAUCAUUAGCUGUUGUUUUGAAAAAUUCGCAAAUUAGUUCAAUCUGUGUUGGUGCUUUACAGAGUGCAGGUGAAACUAUUGUUCAGUUACUUUCAUUAUGGGUGGUGGGUUCCCAACUAACAAAUAUAAAUUUAGACCAUUGUAAAAUAGACUGCUCUCUUAUGAAGGAUUUAGUAAAUGCUGUGAAGAAUUCCAACAUUACAUCAAUACGUCUUACAUGCACUUCCAUGAACUGUGAAGUUAUGGAAAUAUUUGUGUCAUUUUUGGUUAAUUCAAAAAUAAGUAAUUUGCAUUUGCAAGAUGGAUUUAACAUGAGCAUUGGUGCUGUGAAAUGUUUGGCACUUGCUCUAAAAAAUACAGAAAUCUCCUCGCUUGACCUCAGUGGGAAUAUGUUGGACAGUGACAGUUUGAAGGUUUUGGCACCAUGUUUGGUGGGUACGAGAUUGACCCAUCUUAAUCUAAAAGGAAAUCGAAUGGAUCGGGUACCGAAAUUGAUUGAAAAAGGAUGUUCCGCGAAUUGGGAUGAAAGAAAUGUUAUUGGUGUUAAAUAUCUGGCUCAGGCUCUGAAAAGUUCAGAAAUAACACAUCUGAAUCUUGCCGGAAAUAAAUUGUCAUGCAAAAGCCUGCAGAAUCUUAUAUUGAGUUUGCCGUAUACAAAAAUUGAAACUCUCAAUCUCAAUGGUAAUUCUAUUUGUUGUAAUAAUUUUUUUUUGGCUGAUAUUUUAAUGAAUACGAAAAUUAGUUCACUGGAGCUUGGCUCUCAACAAGGCUCAAAUUGCAAGUACCAAUUUUCAUUUAAUACUUUUAAAGCACAAAUGCAAUGUAUAUUUUAUUUUUAUCAUUUUUUACAUAAAAACGUAUUGCAUACUGAGAAUAUCACCUCCCUCAACCUCAGUUACAGUCAAAUUUCUUGUUGUGGAGAAAUGAAAGAACUUAGUAAGUCUUUAUCAGGCUCACAAGUCGCUUCACUAGAUCUCAGUAGCAACAGCAUCAACUGCGAUGGCAUUUAUUAUCUUGCACAAGUGCUUCAACGCUCUAAAAUUAUUUCAUUGAAUCUAGGAAAAAAUGAAAUUUCUUCUAAUGGUGUUAAGUAUUUGGCUAUGAAUUUUCCGGGGUCCCAGAUAGAAAUAGUUGAUCUAUCAUACAACUUUAUUACAGAUGAGAGCAUUGAGUACCUAUCCGACAAUCUUGUGAAUACAAAAAUUGUCCAUCUUAAUCUUAGUGGAAAUCAGGUUGGAUGUCAAGCUGUAUAUCACUUGUGUGAAAGUGUUGCUGAGAUCAAUGUUCAACUUGACUCUAAUUUGUUCAGGUAUCCAGGUUGUCUAAUUGAGAUUAAACAAAUUUCUCUUGAAAAAGGGAUUGACCAUUUAAUUGAUUAUGUCAGUGAUAAAACUGAAGUUACAAAAGUGUACAUCCAAUUCGGAAGUAGCAGUGUCAAUAAUGGAUCAAAAUGCUUUUAUUUAGGCAAUCUAGCUAGCAUUGAUCAUUUCAGUAAAAUCAACAUCACUGAAAUCGAAAUGGCUCGGGGUUCUUCUUUUCCAUAUUCAAUAUUUAAAAAUAUCACUCAAUUGAAACUGAAUAAUACAUUAUCUGUAGAUGAACCUGGUAAAAAUGGAGAGAUAAUUAUUGAACUAAAACUCCAAAACAUAGAAAAUUUCCGUUUUGCUGAUCUUACAAAUUUCAACACAUUCAGAUUCAACAAUAUUAUGUAUCUUGAUCUCAGCAAUAAUAAUAUGAAGGAUGAUGAAUUCAGAUAUAUUGCAAACGCAUUUGAAUACGGCUAUGAGCAAAUAAACAAUUGCCUCAUUUCCUUGAAUUUGAGCAAUAAUCAAUUGGGAGUAAAAAGUGCUGAAAUACUUGCCAUAAAAGUCCUACCAUUUACACGAGCCUUAACCUAUAUUGAUCUGAAAGGGAAUAAUAUCGGGUAUUUAGGAUUCAAGUCUCUUAUGAAUGUAGUUGACAAAACUAACCUGUGUUGGCUUUCGUUGGGAGAAAACAAUAUUGAAGACCAGUUGCAGGAAGACAUGGAGCUAUCUCCUUACAUUGUGCCCCGAAAUGCUGAUGAAAUCCCAGUUGCAUUCCAAGUGAGGUACUUAUUCAUGCAGUUGGUUUCGUUGAACACACCAAGUGGCGAACUGGAAUUCACAGUUCCCACAAUCGACUCAAACCCUCCUGUCAAUGUCACGCAUUAUCCCAAACUGAUUACAAUCUACAACUUAUUUAAAAAUGACGUAGAAAAUCUUAACAUGCAUGUUUAUGACUAUUAUUACAUGAAGAGUAAAAAACACGACAAGCAGCUUAUGGAGGAAAUAGAUAACUUUGUAAAAGAAUUGGAAAAAAGGUUUCUAUCGUUUAUUGACAGCAACUUGACGAUACUCGAACAGGCAUUUGGCUAUGAAAGCUUUGUUCUUCUCGUUAAAGAAUGUGAACGCUCUGGGUUGACUAGAUGUGUUGAAUCUCUAUUACUUCAUAGAGUCUUGUAUUAUGUGGAUGACGAUGGAGAGAUAUUGCACCCAUUUAUUUAUAGAAUGAUGCUAGAAUACAAUAUACCUCUUUAUAAUGAACAAAUGGAACCAAAUAAGAGGGACCAAAUAAUUUCUUAUUUCCAGAUUCAUUCCGAAUUUGAAGAAGCUCAGACAAUUGUUGAUUUGCUAGCUUAUAACUAAGAAAGAUGGCGUAUUUGGCGUAAAAAUGUUUAUCAAAUCUACUCAUAACUGUUAUGAAUGAAUUUCGUGUUAUUUUUCUAUACAAUAACUAGGCCUAUAUUAUAUACUUAGUACUAUAACUUAUUAUUUUAGUAAUCAAAUAUAUGUCAAAAGAUUAUUUUUAGUGUGUUUGCUAAUA